CUGCCUGCCUGCUUCUGACACCAUCACCGAACCGCUGGCCCUGAGCUGCCCUCGCCCCGCCGCCAGGACUCCCCUUGCUCCGCUCGACCGCCGCCGCUCCACAGGGAUGGCUCCAGCCGCGGCCCCCGCGCCCUGCUGCCGCGCGCUCCCUCUGUGCGCGCUGCUCUCCCUGCUGCUCCGCUUCAGCUCAGGCAAUACUAGAGUAAUGACAGCUGUUAACAUUACUUGGUCAUCAAUUAAUUUUAAGACACUGCUGCAGUGGGAGCCUGAGCCAACCAACUACGUUUAUACCGUUGAAAUAGAUGGGAACUUAUCAAAUCGGGACAAGACAUGCAUUCAUACUACAAAAACAGAAUGUGAUGUUACUAACAUGCUGAAGAAUGUAAGAGAUACUUACACGGCUCGAAUAUACUCUGAAUCGCCAUCUGAGGAAGAUGACUAUAAUAUUCCUCCUUAUGGACUCUCCUCUCCAUUCAAACCUUAUGACCAAACUGAGAUUGGAAUGCCAGCAAUCAAAUAUUUUGAACAAAAAGAUAAAACUUUGAAAAUAAUGAUAGCGGAUCCACUAACACCUUACAGAUCUGAAAAUGGAAGCUUUCAAACUAUCAGGGACAUAUUCAAAGAUGAUCUAAAAUACACAGUGUACUAUUGGAAAGACCAAAGUACAGGAAAGAAAUUUGUAACCGAGAGAAGCAACCAAUUUGAACUCAGUGUUGAUAAUGGGAAAAGCUACUGUUUCUAUGUCCAAGCAACUGUUACAACAGGCUCAGGAAGCCGUAACAGCCCCAAAAGCACUGAAAAAUGUACCAGUAUUAAUCGGGAAGGCUUGGAUGGUCUCGAUUUAGACACUAUUCUGAUAAUAGUGGCUAUUGCAACAGGAGUUGUCCUCCUAAUUAUCAUUUUGGCUGUGGUGGUGUAUAAAUGCACAAAGGCAAGAGCGGCAGCAAAAAAGAAAGAGAACAUUCCUCCCAAUCUGUAAGAGUUGGAUGCAAAAUGCUGGCUGAUAACGCCCUAAGAAGCUCUUCUCCGACCUGUGGAAGAAAGUACUGUUCACCCCUUCCGUCAAGGGAUGUUUACUGUUUCUGUGAAACAUUUGUAAUGAAAACACUACUUUAAAGGUCCAUCUUUAACUUGCCAGUAACAAAUGGGUGGACUGUUUAGGAUAUGUUAACUGACAGAUAACAGUGAAAAUACUAUUGUUUCUUUGGCACUUUCAGGGUACUUUAGAGCAGUGGUCUCCAACCUUGGGCCUCCAGAUGUUCUUGGACUUCAACUCCCAGAAAUCCUGGCCAGCA